AUGGUUGUUACUCUCACGGCACCCGAGCAAUCUGCGGAGAUGGAAAAAAAGCUUCGAGCGCAGUCUGCGAAAUUGGCAGCGGCCAGGGAGUCACAACUACGAGAAGCGAGGCAAAGGAGGGCAGAUCGACUUGUGGAGGCGAAGAGGCAGAAGAACGAAGCUGAGGAGAUAACGAAGACGGAAUUGACGAAAGAGGAGAGUGAGAAGAAGGAGAAGGAGGAUUAUAAACGGAGGUAUAAACAGUUGGAGAGGAAUUGGAUCAAGUUUAUGGUUGGAAUGCCGGUUUUCCUAGUUAUGAGUUAUGAUUUGUUUCAAAGACUUGUUAUGAAGAGGGAACAGAAGGUUCCUCCGUGGAAGCAGGCCAGGCUAAAUAAAGAGAAGGAGGAGCGAGAAAAGCUGGAGAGAGAAAAGCUCACACCAGAGGGUGAGCAGGUUCUGAAAGGUUGA